AUGAUGUGGACCACCGCCGCCGUUAUGUCCCUGCUUGCCGGGUAUGUGUAUGGUGCUCCAAGCACUAUCGUCGUGAGAGAGGUCGUGGGUUCAAGCCGGGUAUCGUUGGAGAGUCGAAUGGAGGAUGCAGCAUAUGGAAUGUUAGAGAGGAGGCAAAGCAACAUGACUACUGGAUCCGUCAACAUGACACAAUGGGACGCCGAGACUGUGGCUGCCUGCACGGAUACACUCUCAACUCUCUCUGCUGCUAGCAAUCCCUCUGGCAUGGCAGUUUGCUACAACUUGGUCCAGUUAGAUACGAACCUAGGAGAAUUCAUGGCCGACUUGCGACUUUUCGAAGUAUCGGCGCCGACUGGCAAUUGGGAAGGGAUCCCUUUGCAGCAGAUGUCAGGCGGUAUCAGAUUCAGUGGAGCCACCGCUUCCGAGAUCAAUGGACAAAAAGUGUCGGGCCGUAGCAUGGGGAAUGACGAUCUUCCUAAGCGUCAGAACGCGAGUCCUACUCUCCAGCGGACGUAUAUGAUUGUUGGAAAGAUUAACCAGGAUCAGAUGAUCCCGCCCAUGACAAUGUAUGGCUGUCCAAUUUCUCUUCCUUUAGCCUCCUUCGUCCUUACUAAUGUUGCCAUCAGACAAAAAAUAGAACCAUUAAUCAUGCCAAUCUUCACGCUCACAGCCACAGAUGCCACAGGCAGAACCAUCAGCGCCAACGUCUCUUCCAACGAAGCGGCGUUCGUCAAUGGCAUUUUCUCCAAGGAAGUCGUCCAAUCGCGAUUCGGCCAAGCCAGCCUCGCGCAACAGAAGAUCACACAGGAAAUGGAGGCUGGCAGCGUUCCCUUCGUCCUGCCUGGCGUCAACAUCCUGAUUUUCCCAAUCGGCUUGGUAGUAUCGGGUGUCUGGCUCCUGCUAGGAAUAGGCGCGUACGGCUACGGCACUUACGAACGGUAUAAUUACCGCGAGACAUAUCGCAGGAGGAAGGCCAUGUCGGGAGGCAAGGCGUACGCUUCGAGGAUAUAG